CUUGCAAUCACAGGUCCAGCCCCAAACGGCAACCGUACACCAAAAGUGAGACUGGCAGAUUCGUGCCCGAACCGACACUCCUGAAACUCCGAGACGGAUAUCUUACCAAAGACGCGAUCCCCGAGCAAACAUGAGGAUCACACAAUGCCUGUACAACAGCAGGACGGCCCUGCAUAGGGUCUUCGUCUCGCCCUUUGAAAAGGUGGAAUCGAUUUCGCGACGAAGCGCUCUCCUGAGCCCAGUCUCUAGAACCCUACCAACAAUUCUGUCACCGCCGCUACAAGGUUUCGCACGCCACGCCGCCUUGAUACCCCGAUUUAAAAAGAAGAAGCCAUCGCCAUCAGGGCAAGUACCCGGCGGCGACGCUGCUGCUAAGCCAGGCCAGCUUCCCCAGGACAGGGCGAUCUCCGAUCGUGAAGUCAUGGUUGUCGACGAGAACAACAAGCUUACCGGCCCGCAUAACACCCGGACGUUCCUAAGGUCGCUCGACCCCGAGACGCAAUCCCUCCGAAUGGUCUCCAGACCGCCCCCGCGCCCCGCGCCAGGCCAGCCGCCGUUUGCAAUCUGCCGCAUCGUCGAUAAGGUCGCCGAGAAGGAGAAGGAGAGGGCGCUGCAAAAGGCCAAGAAGGAUAACGCGCGCAGGCUAGCGAGGGUCAAGGAGCUCGAGCUCAACUGGGCCAUCGCGCCGCACGACAUGGGCCAUAAGAUGAAGCAGAUGAAGACAUUCCUGGAAAAGGGGUACAAGGUUGAGGUCAUUUUUGCAAAGAAGAAGAAUAGCAGAAUCGCUACACUGGAAGAGGCCGGCGCGCUUGUGCAGCAGGUCCGGGAUGCUGUGGCGGAGGUUGCGGGCGCCAGGGAGUACAAGGAAGCCGAGGGGCAACCGCGCAAGGUCAUGAGGCUGCACCUGGAAUCAACAGCGAAGCCCGCAGCUAAGGCUGCCCCUGCACCAGAAGUCCCGGUUGCAGAGGCUGCGCCGGAAACAUCGACAUGAUGUAGUGGCGGGCUGCCUGAGAAUCGGGGUGGUUGAGCUGUGCUUGAUUACUCCAUGAGAAAGCACCUACGAUUUGGACAGAGUCCGUGUUGGCCUGUACACUAGAACUUCCCUGG